CGUGGAGAAAUUGUCCGGAUCAAUGUAAGUCGCUGGUGGCAUCCGUGCCGGCGCCUAGCAACAGGGAAAGCCUUUGGCUAAGGCCAGGCUGCGAACCGCGGUGAAAGAGAGGCUUCUGCCUCGGAGACUCAUUGUCAGUUUGAGUGAAGAGCGGAGGAGCCGACCCUCCGAAAUUGGCGCCGAAUCGCGAGGUGCGAGGCGCAAAAAUCCUGCGGAGGCCUCGAACCCACCAAACGGGGUGUCGAUUCUCAUCUCUUUCCGCCCGAAAUGGCAUCACUGCGUUAUGAGAUCGCGAUGCUGAUCUAAUGCCGAUUGAUGGGACGAGGCGCGGUUGACUCUCGAUCAAUUACAACGAGUUUGUUGAAUCGAGAAUCGCGGAUGGGUGUAUGUGGGUAGGAAGGAAAUUGUUUCGACCCUGACGAGAGGAGAAGACACUGGUCGAUUACGCAACGCGAUAACCAGCAUAUACGGUGGUAUAAUUGAUCGGCCCCAAUUAACGAUGGAUUCCCGAAAGUCGAGAACGAGACAACAGCUGCAGAGGGGUGUAAAAAGUUCGGUCCCACCCACGCAUCGCUGGAACAUCUCGAUAUGGACUCCGGGCUGUGACGACGCAAAUUGGCACUGCUUUUUGCAACGAUGAUCUCGGGCGUAUAAAUGGAAGACGACGGGCGUGAUCCGCAGCAGGGAAAGACGAGACGCGCUCGGUCUAGCACGACGACGACAACGAGCCUGCAAAUCGUCCUCCUAAACGUACCUGGUGGGGUUCGCCGUUCAAAGUAUAAGAAGAUGUCGCAGCCGGAACAGAACAACAGUAUGCCAUACGAGCGUGAAAUGUCGACGUCGAAGAGCAGCUCGCUGUUGCGCCUUAAUCAGGAGGUCCGUGAGUGGCCGGACCAUGAAACGGACUCGGAGAUAAGCGAGAACGAGUUCAUAACGAAGGGAGCCUUCCUCCUGACACCGAGCCACGAGCUCAGCAUGGACAAGGCAGCGACGAUCUGCGAGAAGAUGAACUUUCGCGGCGCAUUUUCCCUGACCAAAACGGCGACUGGUAUACUGUUCAAGUUCAGCAGCAUCGACGACUUCCAAGCGGUGUUCAAAAAGGGAUUCCACAAGGUGACCGGCGCCAGGUUCUACAAGAAGCUUCCAAACGAACGUAUGAAGGUGGCGAUACCCUGUCGCCCGGCCAAGAUAUUCACCGUCUACGUGCUCGACGUGCCGGAAGAAGUGCCGGAGGAUGACAUAAGGCACGCACUCUACAAGUAUCGCUCGAUCGUCGAAGUCACCAGACUGCCAUUGAACACUGGAAACGUUCUCAAAGCCAUAAACGACAAGAUCAAAAGCGAGACCCAGAACUCGAACGAGGCCCCGACCAUCUACACGGGUCCUCCGGUGAUCCGAGUCACCCUGGCCAACGUCGAUGAAACCUCGAUGCUGCUGAGUCGCGGUCUCGAUUUUUACGGUGCGACCUACUUUCCCACGGAAACUCCUCAUCCGGCAUCUCAGCCCUUCGGAAAAUUCAGGAACAACAGAUGGGCCGACGUCGCCUCACCGGCUACAGGUCAACGAGUUCGAGACCUACUUCCGGUGUUCGACAACGCGGGUUUCAACAAAUUACCACCGCCGACAAGCCGCACGAUCAAACCGCCGAGGAACUAGACGAUUGGAAGUCGCCGAAAACUGACAGAGAAGUAAGCAAGCCAUUCAGACGCAAAAUCGAUGGAAAAACGUCCUACAAAGAUGAUUUUUAAACAAAAUAAAAGAAAAAAAAAGAGAGAGAGAGAGAGAAACAGGACAGUGGGAGGAAAAUUGAACGGUUAGUUAUUCGAUAGCGGAUCCUAUAAAGAAAUAGAGAUGAAACAUAGAACCCUUACUAAAGACAGAAACUCUACGGAAGAGAGUGAGAGAGAAAUGAAGAGGGGCAUAGAACAAAUGUUUCCGGUCGAUGGAACUUGCUCUACUCCGUCUGUCGCAAUCCCGAUGACAGAAGAGUUUCCGUCGGUGAACUUCAUCAUCACACCGAGCUGCGACUAGAAAACGAUUGACGACGCUGAAACGGUUCAUGUUUUAUCACACACACUCUUACAUACCGGCGAAUCCGGAAUAUCACCCGCGAUUGAAUAUUUUCUUUUCGCAAUGGUGUUGCUUUCUUCCUCUUUUUGUUUUUCUUUUGUAUCAAUUUUUACCUGUUUUCUCAUCGGAUCUCGUUAACGAUCACUAAUUUACAGAAACACACGCACAAAUUCGGAAAGAAAACGAAAUGCAAAAAAAAAAAAAGAAGAAUUAAAAUGCAAAGUUGAAGCUAACGACAAAUCUGAGGAUUUCUUUCAUUAUUAUAAUAAUAAUAAUAUGACAAUAUAACGGCAAGGAUAAAGAAAAUCAUAACAGUAAUAAUAAUAAUAAUAUCGAUAACAAUCAUCGCGAAUGGAUUCAUAGUAAUCGAAUAAUCGAAUAAUCAAUUAUUCUAAUUAUGAUACUUCGAUCGUUUUUCGAAUUCUAUUUAUGUAUAUUUAUUUAUCACAAUAAUUUUUUGUUUUCAAACUUCUAUUGAAAUUUGAUAUAUUUUUUAUCCCAUUAUGAUAUAAUCAUUCCUGUAAUACUUUUCUUCCAGAACAGAAUUUUUAUCGCUGCACACUAGAUGUGAGAAUAAGAAAAAUAAAUAUUAUGCGAAAUAGACAAGCGAUGCGAUGUACGCUAUAGAAUCAUUGAAACUGUUCCUAUAUACACUGUGUAACAUAAAUAUUACUACUUGUAUC